UGCUUUCGUAGGGAUAGUCUUUCCAGGAGAGAUACCCAUCUCUCUGAGUCAGUCCCGGAAGCCACGAUUUUAUUGGCAAGUCUGGCCUCAUCUUGGCUGGCCUAUAUCAAUCUUACGGCACUUGUUAUGGGGAUCGAUCUAGUUACGGCGUGGUAGAUGGGUGAUGGCGGAUGGGGCUUUGCACGUCGCCGGCUUAAAGGACAGCUGACGGUCACCAGUAGCAACAGAGGCCAUGUUGAAGUGGAGGUUUAAGAGUAUGAAGGGAGGACUGAGGAAACCGAGGUCAAGCCUCCGCAACCGCGGAAUGACCGUGGACCAGGCGCGAGCGGCGGGGAAGGUAAAAAAGCGGGUACGAUGGCGGCUUGAACCAGAAGUAGCGAGCGAUCCCGAUACGCUGUCCGGGGACGAGAUGGACGCGGAACCGGACUCGGACCAUGAGGGGGAUCUGGACAAGAUGUUCUCGGAUUGGUUGGGGGAGCUGGACAAAAUGACGAAGUCGUUAGAUGUGUCCACAUCCAUGGAGGCAAAACCCAAGUCCCCUCCCCCUCCUGCUCCCCCCAAACCCAAGCACAUGGACAACUGGAGAUUUUCAACCAUUAACCUGGAAACGACUGGUGACACCGAACUCGAUGCCUUACUCGGGGACCUGUGCGCGAUACAGCAAGACCUCAGCGACACUAUGGGUACUACACAACCUACAACCCCUCCCAAACCACCAACAAAGGUCGUACAACAACAACAACAACAACAACAACAACAGCAAGUUAGUUCUACUAUCACAGAAGUACACCAGACUGUCGUAACCAAAGACGUGAAAAUGGCCGUUGCAAACGGGAGCGUAACAGACAGACUUGAGGGUGUGAGCGUCGCGGAGCCUGGGAGGAUAGCGCCACCACAACUGCCUGCUGCUCAAAGUGCUAUUCUUACCCAACAGAGAGUGGAACCGUCACAGGUACAGCAAAGGACAGAAAGCGAAGAGAGCGAUCCGGACGCAAAGCUGGACGAUUUGUUGUCGCAGCUGGAGGUCGGGGUUACGCAGGAGGGCGCAGGGGUCACGACGAGGCCGCCGCGACCGCCGCAGAAGGUACUGAGCAUCAGGAGCGAAGAUUCCGCCUUCACGGAGGAAGAGGACAGUUCUUUGAAGAAAGGGCCUCUUAGUCCUUUGUCGGGAAGCGUGAAACAUCGUUUGGACAGCCUGAAGGAUGAACUGGACACAGUUGAACAGCUCACUGAGCUGAAAUUGAUGGACAGGGAAGCCUCCAAAAUCAUCCAAUCCAUAGAGUGCCGCCCGCCCGCCACUCUGACAGAGUCGUCGCAUAAUGCUAACAUCACUAAGCACCCAACAUUUGUUGCUGAACAAAAAGCAGAGAAAGUAAAGGCAGAAAAAAUUCGGAUAGCUCUGGAGAAGAUCAAGGAGGCAAGCGUGCAGAAGCUUGUAGUGAAAGUCUUCAUGGAUGACGGGAACUCCAAGACGCUGCUGGUCGAUGAGACCAUGAAGUGUUACCACGUCAUUGUCCAGCUGGUGGACAAGAACCACUGCGACCCUGGACCUGACUGGACACUCGUGGAGCAGAUACCCGACCUCUACAUGGAGCGUGUGCUAGAGGACCAUGAGCCCUUGGUGCAGGUGCUGCUGAACUGGACACGAGACACCAACAACAAACUGCUGUUCCUGGAGAGACGGGACAAGUACCUGUUCUUCAGGGAACCACAGUUCUUCCUUAUUGAUGAGACCGAGUCUGAAGCCUCUUUGGAGCUGGCUCAACAGGGCAAAGAUCAGCUUCUAGAGGAGUUUCUUGCCUCUGGAAAGGGUAUCCCAGAGUUGGAGGGAAUCAUGUACCUGAAGUCAGAUGGAAAGAAGUCGUGGAAGAAAUACUUCUUCAUGCUCAGAGCCUCCGGACUGUACUACAACCCCAAGGGUAAAGCUAAGUCAUCUCGAGACCUGGCCUGCCUGGUACAGUUUGACCAUGUUAACGUCUACUAUGGUCUCAACUUCAAGAAGAAAUACAAGGCACCAACUGACUUCUGCUUUGCACUGAAGCACCCUCAGAUCCAGGCCAAGUCCAAGUACAUCAAAUAUUUCUGCUGUGAGGAGGACAGGGACAUGUGGCACUGGGUCAUGGGUAUCAGGAUGGCUAAGUAUGGAGACCAGUUGUACCAGAACUUUCAGGAAAUGCAGCAGGACAUCUCGCGAGCGUUACCGCCCAGCGGAACGACAGCGACUAUCCAGCGCUCGGCGACCAACGACUCGGCCAUGGGGUCCAGCAUCAGUCUGCAGUCCACGGGGAGCUCUAGCAGCAGUGUCAGCAGCUCCACUCUGUCUUCCCAAGGUUUUUCCGGUGAACAGAAGACAGGAAGGCGCAGUGUUGGGGACGCCUUCUCAGAGGCAUGGAAGAAAGGGGAAACCCAGCACGUCAUUCAGGCCAAGUCGGAGCCGAUGUCGCCCACGUCCCCUGGCGGGAGGUCAGCGACCUUGUCCAUCUCCAGUACGGGCAGCUGGGGCGAGAACCAGCGCUUAAGCCUGCCACCAAGGGAUUCUGGGAGAAAAACCAGUGGGGACAGACAGCCACGCCCACAUUCUACCAAAGAUCAGGCGGUCACGUUAAUGAAAGAACUGGAACAAGUUCGGUCCGUUGGGCCCAGCCACUCGGUGUCAGUCCAGAGACCACCCAUCCCGCCACCUUUCCAUCUACAACAACAACAACAACAACAACAGGACCCCCAGGAGGUCUAUGAAGUCAUGGCACCCCAGGUGUACGAACCCAUGAUCAAGCAGUCAUCCCCGUCGGCUAAACCCAAGGCGUAUGUACCACAAGGUGGAACAGCCACGCCCAUGUUGCAUGCUGCUGUUCCCAGCACUGGCCGACCUCCCUCCACUGGUGUUCCAUCAGCCGGUCCCCUCCCCUCCCCUGCAGCCACCGUACAGCCACAGAGGGCAAUCAUCAACACGGCAAUCAUACAGCAGAGAAACUCCUUAAGAAAAAGCGACGGAUUCCAGGACCUUCCUCCUCCCCCGCCCCCUCCGAAAGAAGGCGCUCCUCACCCGCCGAUAGUUCAGGUUAGCGUACAGAGAACCCCCAGCCUACCGCCGCAGCGGUCCCAGCCUCCGUUAGCACCGAAACACGCUGGUUCCCUUCCCAUGGGCAUCGUACCUCCCCAGGCUCAGCCGCCUCCUGUCGCUGCCAAGCCAACGUCAGGGACGGUAAAACGCGAGACGAAGCUACCUCCUCCACCACCGCCGAAACGAAGCCAAGAGACAAAACUGACAGCGGAACAACAACAACAACAACAACCUCAGGCCGCCGGUCGGGCGACACCAGCCCUGUCCCUGAUAGCUGAUCUGAGGAAGACACUGGAGAAACAACAGCAGAAGAUUGCAGAUGCUGAACAACAACAACAACAAGCGGUGACUCCAAAAACUCCUGACCUCCCUCCCCCUCCUCCUGAGUUCCUAGAAGGGCUGCCAAGUAACAAACCUUCAGUCAAGAAGAAGCCACCACCGCCACCUAAGAGGAGUGAGCAGACCUAUCUUUCUGGGAACAAGUGAUGCAUCGACCACCCCUCUUGUAGAAUGGUUUCAGCCUUUCCCACAUCAUGUAGAGGUCUUGGUCAGACUUCUACAUUUGUGUAGGGGGUAGGGAUGUGUUUUCCAAGUAAAUAUGUACUGCUACUUCAUACAUUGCUGAAAUUUUCACUCAAAUUUGUUACCUUCAUUCAUAAGACAACACAUGUUGAUUGUAAGGAAUAUUAUGUAGACUGUGGCCCCAAAAAAUCCAUGACCCUAAGUUGGCGUUUAUUCAGGUACACACGUAUUUAGAUAUUUCAUUCAAAUUAUUACUGAGGAUGGUUUUCAACUUUUUCAUACAUUGUUGUCCAUACAGUCACUGAGUAUGCUUAUGGAAAAUACAGUGCCAUCCUCAAAAGCUUUGAAUCGAAUCCAAAAGAGCUGGAUCCCUCAAAAGGAAUUCUUUGUCAGCAAACAAGUCUGCCAAAUUUAGUAACAAGAAGGGCAGGGCAAAUGAAUUUUGUCUGACAUGUUAUAGUUUGUUGCUUACUGCAAUUCUUGUAAGUACUGUGAAUUCAUGACUAGAAAGAUGGGCAAGGAUUUAAGCUGAGACAACAAGCAAAUUUCAAUGUGUAAAUAGCUGAGGUGUUUGAGACAAUUUUCCAACAAAUGGACAAGUUUUUCCAAAAGGAUAAAGUAACAGUGGUACUAGUAAAGUACAUGUAUAUUUACCUGAAUCUCAGUCCUAGCAAGAGCAAAAGUGGUAGAUUAAGAUGAAUUUUUAUUAAAGAUUAUGUGAUAUGAAUUCUGGAGGUGACUGGAGAUGGUAUUUGCUACUGGGUGUUCCCAGUGCACUCAAAAACAUGGAACAGUAGUAAAAUGUUUGUGAAAAAAAAAACUUGGGGUAAACUUUGAAGUAAAGUAGAAUCACAUCAUUGAACAAGUGAGCGAUUUCCAUAUUUUUGUAUUGUUUUGAGAAAAUUUUACAAGACAAUUGUACAUAAGGAAUUGGGCGAAUGGAUUUUGAAUGUGUUAAUUGAAAUCAUAUUGAUUGUCGAAAAGUAGUACUUAGGUAAAAGUGACCGGUGUUUGUAUGAGGAUAUAUGUUGAAAUGGACAUAAGGUAACUGUGGUGUUUUCAGCCAAUAAAAAUGAAUUUUCAUUAGGUAGAUAGAUACCCAUGUUACAUGUGGUACAAGCAUCUGUUUAGUAAUGUCAGAUCUAUAAGUUAAACUAUAUCCAAGUACUUGUAACUAAACUAUUGGCCUAGUAAGGAAUAUACGGAAAGGUUGUCCAACAAACCAUGACAAUUUUUCUAUCACACACAUGCGUAUUUUGAUGUCACCCAAAACUAUUUGUACUUUAAACUGGUGCAUACUGUAUACAGGUUUGCAGUAUUGAGAAUUACCGGGAACCAUAUGGUAACAUUAAAAGUCUUGCCUUGUCACUUAACUGUUUUGUACAUACUGUUUUCCAAUUCAUAAAUUGUUGCCUAUAUGAAUAUGACCAAUUAAGAAUGUAAUUGGACGCGUUACUUAAAUGUGUUGUUUCUUUGAUUUAUUUUGUUAAUGACCUACUAGUUAGGAGGCAACCAAUUUUUCACUGUUAAGUUAAGUAAUGUCACCACUUCAUUUUAUAAACUAACAUUUGACAGAAAUUCAAGUCAUCCUUGGGAUUAUUACACUUUUUUAGAAUAUUUUGGUACAAAUUGUCCAUUGAAUACAAAACCUUAGUUACAUUUGUUGUUAGAUACAACAAGGCAUAUGAUAGACAUAAAAGUUAGUAGUAAAGGCACGUUUCAUGACUUCAUUAACUGUUAUUUAAACACAGCAACCCAUGAAAAAGCAGACUAACUAUUUUUUACACAAAUUUGCAGUCCAUAUUUUCUAUGUGGAUGUCUGUUGGUAACAGUAGUUUUCAAUACUGGCAUCAUGGUAGUCCUAUCUAUUUGCUAACUAUUGCAAAUGACAGAAUGUGUUUUUUGUCCUAUAAUUUACUGAUUGUUAUGACAAUCAUUGCUUAUUUAUCACAGUGAAGAUGUUAACUGGUAAUUUGGUGACUAGCACAUUAUGAAAUCUGUAUCCUUUCAUAUGUAUUAUAAACUGCUUGAGAAGACUCUUUGAAAAAUAUGAAAGGAAAAAUCUGAAUCAGAAUUUUGAAUGACAAAGUAAUUUUAGGACAGCCUCUGCAAAGAUGGUGCUGAUUCUGUUCAAAUUAUGAUACAACUUUGUAAUAUUGAAACUUUUUGGUGGUUAAAUAUUAAACUGUUAUACCAGUUCAUAUCCAAGAAAUUACAAUAGUGCUCUUCUUUUUGUACAUUGAUGUUGGAAUUAUUGAUACAUUGUCAGCUGGUCAGCCUGGUGAUAGUGGCAACAUUGGUCAUUAAAAAUGGGAAUUACAAGUU